ACUUGUGUUUUGAUUCCAUCACCUUCAGCUUCAACAUCAAACACAUCACAUCGAGUCUCUUUCUCUCCCAGUCUUCAAAUAGUUUCUUAGUAACCAAACUAAUGGCUGGUAUCAAGGUUUUUGGAAACGCUGCUUCCAUUUCCACCAGGAGAGUCCUCCUCGCCCUCCACGAGAAGAACCUCGACUUUGAGCUCGUUAAUGUUGAGCUCAAGGACGGUGAGCACAAGAAAGAGCCUUUCCUCUCCCGCAACCCUUUUGGUAAAGUCCCAGCCUUUGAAGAUGGAGACCUCAAGCUCUUCGAAUCAAGAGCUAUUACUCAGUACAUAGCUCACCGAUACGAAGGCCAAGGAACCAACCUUCUCCCAGCCGACUACAAGAACCCAGCCCACUAUGCGAUCAUGGCCAUUGGAUUGGAAGUAGAAGCUCACCAGUUCGACCCGGUGGCUUCAAAGCUUGCUUGGGAGCAAGUGUUCAAGAACUUCUAUGGCUUGACCACAGACAAAGCCGUUGUUGCAGAAGAAGAGGCCAAGUUAGCCAAGGUCCUUGAUGUCUACGAGGCUAGGCUCAAGGAGUUCAAGUAUUUGGCUGGUGAAACUUUUACUCUGACAGAUCUUCACCACAUUCCUGUGAUUCAAUACUUGCUUGGAACUCCCACCAAGAAGCUUUUCACCGAGCGUCCACGUGUCAACGAGUGGGUGGCUGAGAUCACCAAGAGGCCAGCUUCCCAGAAGAUCCUCCAGUGAGAAACAUAAUGGUCCUGCUUCAGUCACAAUAAUAUAGUCGAGAGAAAAUAAGUGGCUGCCUGUUGUGUCCUGUUUUUGUUCUCAGUUGUGUGUGUGUUCUUGAGAGAUCUUUGUUGAAUCAAAAACUAUGUAUCUAAUUUUCAAACCCUCUUUAAUAAAACAACAUAUUUAGUUUUA